AUGUCAAUCUUCGUCAGUGGUGCUACGGGGUUCAUUGCACAAAACAUAGUCAAGCAAUUGCUUCAAGCCAACUACAAAGUUGUCGGUUCAGUGAGAACACAAGAAAAGGGUGAUGCAUUGAAAAAUAACAUCAAAGAUGCCAGCUUGCAAGCUGAGAAUUUCACGUAUGAAAUUGUGGCAGACAUUGGGGCAGAAGGAGCAUUUGACGACGCUUUGAAAGCACACCCAGAGCUAGAGGUAUUCAUACACACAGCAUCACCAGUCAAAUUCGAUGUGAAGGAUGUCAAGAAGGAGUUGAUUGAACCGGCAAUAAACGGAACCACGAAUGCCCUCAAAGCAAUUCAACAAUAUGGCAAGAACAUCAAGAGAGUCGUUGUUACUUCUUCUUUGGCAGCUGUAGCUGGAAGCAGAACCGUCCUCAAAGAUGGCGAACUGGUGACUGAACAAAACUGGAAUCCCGUUACUGAAGAAGAGAUCAAAGAUCCAAGUGAUGGAUAUGCUGUAUCUAAAAAGUUAGCCGAAGAAGCAGUUUGGAAAUUCGCUAAGGACAAGUCCACACAUUUCUCGGUCACGACAAUAUUGCCUGGCUUAGUGACUGGACCCCAAGCAUUUCCCAACUUCGACAGAGAUGGCUUGAACUUUUCAUCGGAAACUAUUAACAAGUUGUUGAAGUUGAAGCCAAAUGAUGAAGUGCCAAAAGGAGCUGGAUUGUUUGUGGAUGUGAGAGACUGUGCCAGAGCACAUAUUGUAGCAUUUGAGAAAGAAAGCGCUGUAAACAAGAGAUUAUUUGCAGUAGCUGGAAAAUUCAACAGCCAGGAAGUACUUGAUAUUAUCAGGUCCAGUUUUGAUGAAUUGGAUCAAAUCCUGCCAAAAGGAAACCCCGAAGAUGCGAAAAAAUACGCGCCAAGACUGGAUAGAUACGAUCAAAGUGUUACCAGAAGCGUUUUGGGUUUUGAAUUUAUCGAUUUGAAAAAGUCGGUGGUUGAUACAGUAAAUCAGCUUUUAGAUGAUUAA